GUGAGCGGGCGGAGCCGGUGGGAUCGGACCCAAAGACCGACCGACGGACCGAGGGUUCGAGGGAGGGGCACGGACCAGGAACCUGAGCUAGGUCAAAGACGCCCGGGCCAGGUGCCCCGUCGCAGGUGCCCCUGGCCGGAGAUGCGGUAGGAGGGGCGCGCGCGAGAAGCCCCUUCCUCGGCGCUGCCAACCCGCCACCCAGCCCAUGGCGAACCCCGGGCUGGGGCUGCUCCUGGUGCUGGGCCUGCCGUUCCUGCUGGCCCGCUGGGGCCGAGUCUGGGGGCUAAUAUUGACCUCUUCUGCACAUGACAGUAGCACUGUUGUGCCUUCACCCACCAGCCCCAGCUCCAGCUCCAAUGGCAACUUGUCUCAGGGGGCCAUCACUGCUAUCAUUGUGGUCUUCUCCAUCCUGGCCAUCUUGCUCCUGGCUGUGGGGCUGGCACUGUUGGUGUGGAAGCUUCGGGAGAAGCGGCAGACGGAGGGCACCUACCGGCCCAGCAGCGAGGAGCAGUUCUCCCAUGCAACCGAGGCUCGGGCCCCUCAGGACUCCAAGGAGACGGUGCGGGGCUGCCUGCCCAUCUAGGUCCCCUCUCCUGCAUCUGUCUCCCUUCAUUGCUGUAUGACCUUGGGGAAAGGCAGUGCCCUCUCUGGGCAGUCAGAUCCACCCAGUGCUUAAGAAUAGCAGGGAAGAAGGUACUUCAAGACUCUGCCCCUGAGGUCAGGAGAGGAUGGGGCUAUUCACUUUUAUAUAUGUAUAUAAAAUUAGAAGUAAGAUGUAA